UCCACCUUCGCUUCCUUGUCAGCCUUCCUCGCUUUCUCUCUUUUCUGGGGAUGCGUCUCUCCUACUAGUGCAUCGGACCAUAUCUUGUCUUUUCCGCCCAUAAUGAUGCUGCAGCCCAGUUCCGCGUUCGUUCUCGUCGCAUCGCUGCUGGCGGCCCUGCCCGUCAACGCCGAUGGGUUGUAUACAAAGAAAUCCCCCGUCCUCCAGGUCACUGGCAAGAACUAUGACCAGCUGAUCGCCAACUCCAACCAUACCUCGAUUGUAGAAUUCUACGCUCCCUGGUGCGGCCACUGCAAGAACCUGAAACCCGCGUACGAAAAGGCCGCCACCAACCUGGACGGACUGGCCAAGGUUGCCGCCGUGAACUGCGACGAUGAGAUGAACAAACCCUUCUGCGGCCGCAUGGGCGUCCAGGGCUUCCCGACCCUCAAGAUCGUGACUCCCUCCAAGAAACCCGGCAAGCCCCGUGUGGAGGACUACCAAGGGCCCCGGAGUGCCAAAGGAAUUGUCGAGGCGGUGGUGGACAAGAUCCCCAACCACGUGAAGCGCGCCACGGACAAGGACCUGGACGCCUGGCUCGCGCAGGAUGAAGAGUCGCCCAAAGCCAUCCUCUUCACCGAGAAGGGCACGACCAGCUCUCUCAUCCGCGCCCUGGCCAUCGACUUCCUCGGCUCUGUCAGCAUCGCCCAAGUCCGCAGCAAGGAAUCCGACGCCGUGGAGAAAUUCGACAUCACCGAGUUCCCGACCCUCGUUCUCCUUCCCGGAGGCGGCAAAGACCCGAUUGUCUACGACGGCGAGCUCAAGAAGAAGCCCCUGGUCGAGUUCCUCAGCCAGGUCGCGGCCCCGAACCCGGAUCCCGCGCCCAAGGCUGUGAAGUCCAAGGCCUCGACUCCCCGGUCCUCCUCCGUCGUUCUUGAGAACCAGAAACCCACCGAGUCUCCCGACCCGAAGAUUGUUCCGGAAGACGCUCAGGAAUCCAAGCCCGCUCGUGUCCCUAUCCCGGCUCCUCCCAUCGACACCCUCCCCACGGCAGAAAGCCUUGAGGCUGCCUGUCUGGAGCCCAAAUCCGGCACCUGCGUUCUUGUCCUGCUCCCCGAACCAAGCGAGUUGGAUGCCGAGCUCCCCGGUCCCGCCAAGGAAGCCAUUCUCAGCCUGUCGGAGAUCGCGCACAAGUACGCCGUCCUCCAGAGCAAGCUCUUCCCAUUCUACAGUGUGCCUGCCAUCAACAGCGGGGCCGCGACUCUCCGGGCCGGACUCGGACUGCCUGAAGAUCAGGCCGUGGAGAUCGUUGCUCUGAACGGGCGUCGCGGCUGGUGGCGCAGAUUCGAUUCCGCCGAGGGCGCGGACUUCGGACUGGAGCGUGUCGAGGCUUGGAUUGAUGCGAUCAGACUGGGCGAGGGUGCGAAGGAGAAGCUGCCCGAGGGGGUUGUCGUCGAGAAGACGGAGGAAGAGAAGCCGGCGGCUGAUCAUGACGAACUGUAAAUUAGUAGCCCUGGGCUGGCGUGCGCGCAGGAUUGUUAUUAGCAACGGUGUUAAUUCAGGAAAGGCAUCUCUGUAAUUCAAAUCGAGCGUUGCCUGUG